GGUUGAUGGGGAGAGGUUGCAGGAGAAUGAUAGCAGGGAACUUGGAUCCAGAAAGAAAAAGAAGUGGUGGGUUGAGAACGAAGCAGGCUGGUAGAGGCUCUUGCAGAGGAAGUUAGCUUUGCUGCUUUAUUUUUUUUUCCCUUAUGAAUGUGGGAUAUUAAGUCUAAAGAUUGCAUUCUGAGUUGUUUUUGUUGGUUGCUUUGCCUACAACAUAUAUACUUUUGUUGGUUGAUAUAUAUUUGAGAAGAAGGGAAAAGGAGAAGAGCUAUGGGCGCUUUGUUGAAAGAAGCUUUGAAGUCACUUUGUGGGGUGAGUCAGUGGUGUUAUGCUGUUUUUUGGAAGAUCGGCUGCCAGAAUACUAAGUUACUAAUCUGGGAGGAAUGUUACUAUGAACCCACACUGUCUGCUGUCCCUCCAUGCAUUGCUGGAGUUGAAAACCGUGAAUUGCCAUUUGGAGAGUGGGAGGGAGACUGGGGUUCAGAGACUUCCUCUCAGCUUGGGAGUCAACCAUGGGAUAAAGUCCAUUUGCUGAUUAACAAAAUGAUGAAUAAUCGCAUUAAUAUAGUAGGUCAAGGCUUAGUAGGCCGAGCUGCAUUUACUGGAAAUCAUCAGUGGAUUCUUGCGAACAAUUACAUCACAGAUACCCACCCCCCAGAGGUUCUAAAUGAGGUGCAUCUCCAAUUUUCAGCUGGCAUGCAGACUGUUGCAGUUAUUCCUGUUCUUCCUCAUGGUGUUGUUCAACUUGGUUCUUCCACAUCUAUUUUGGAGAACAUGGGAUUUAUGAAUGAUGUGAAGAGUUUAAUUCUGCAUUUGGGAUGGAUCCCUGGAGCUCUUCUCUCUAACAGCUAUGGAACAAGUGAAUGUGUUGAGAAAAUUGGGAUUCCCAUUUCUUUAGGAAAGCCCAUUUCAAUGGAUUCGGCUGGAAUUUAUAGGUCUACAAAUUCCAUGACUUCAGUUACUGAAGGCUGUAACCAACAAAGCAACUCAUCUCAGGCUUCAAGGGUUAUUGGUCAAUCACCUUCUCUGAUUAAACAGAUUCAAGAAAAUUCACAGGGUACUGCUUCAACAACCCAAUUGCCUGGCCUGACCCAGACUUUGGAUAAAUCUCAUGAUGAUCACUGUGAAUCAAAAAUCUGUCCAGAGAUGAAGCCAAACCUAAUUUUUAAAAGUCAAAUGGACUGUGGAGUUGUUGGUGCUGAAGUGAUUCCCUUAAACCCAACUUUGUGGCUGAACCCUCAAGUUUCUUUUUGCAAUUCACAGUCUGGGUUCAAUUGUCAGCCUAUAAUUGGUCAAUCAAUUGCCAGUCGUAGCAGCAUAAAAUCAAUGGAGCAACAGAUUUUGUCAGAUGCUGGUCUGCAAAAUCAUGUUACCGACAGCAUUAGUGCAUCAAAUAGUCAAAUGAAACCAAAAUCAAUUCCAGGCAUUGUUCCCAUCUUGCAGAAACUAGAAGAUGUUACUUCCUCUUGCACGCAACUGGCAGGGAGUGGGGUUCAGAAAGUUGGUGCAUCUAGAGUGGAGGUUCCUUUAUCAAUUCUGGCUAAUCAAUUAAAUAAUACUCGUAUGCUUUCAGGAGUUUCUAAUCAAGGACAUGAUUCUGAGGAUUCUAAGUGCACUCAAGCUGAUUUGGUUCCAAAGAAAGAAAGUAUGGAUAAUGAUUUGUUUCAAGCACUUAAUAUUCCAUUGCUUCAUGCUGAAGAUGCCUUGCCUUUUAGUGAGCAACUCCCCAGUGCUAUUCAUAAUUGCCUGAAGCAUGAAACUGAAGGUUUGAGUACUAGAUCCUUAAAUGCCCAGCCUCCAUCAGGGGAUGACUUGUUUGAUGUGUUGGGGGCAGAUUUAAAGAGUAAAUUACUUAAUGGGAAGUGGAAUCAUGUGCUUGCUGAGGGACCAGAUUUGAAGAUGCAAAAUCUGGUUAAGGAUACUUCAAUAUUUAGGGAUAUGCAGAAUGUGUUUUCUGAUUUAUUUUCAGCUAACGAAGGGGUAUCAGACCGGGGUAUUUAUUCUGGGGUGGGAACAGAUCAUCUUUUGGAUGCUGUGGUCUCUAGUGCACAAUCUGCUGCCAAGCAGAUAUCAGAUGAUGAUGUGUCCUGCAGGAAAGCGUUGACAAGGUUCAGUAACUCCUCUGUUCCUAGUAGUUCUCCCACCUAUGGCCAGGUUAGUAUUUCCAACCAAGCGCAAGGGGAGUUGCUUGCUGGCCUUCCUAAGUCUUUGUUGAAAGGAGGAACACUUCCAUCCAGUUCUUAUCGAUCUGGCUGUAGCAAGGAUGAUGCUGGGACUUGUUCUCAAACUACUUCUAUGUAUGGGUCUCAAAUCAGUUCAUGGGUUGAGCAGGGUCAUAACUCAAGACGUGAUAGCAGUGUCUCAACUGCAUAUUCCAAGAGAAAUGAUGACAUGACCAAACCAAAUCGCAAAAGGCUAAAACCUGGAGAGAACCCUCGACCCAGGCCAAAAGAUCGCCAGAUGAUCCAAGAUCGAGUGAAAGAGUUGAGGGAAAUUGUACCAAAUGGAGCAAAAUGUAGCAUAGAUGCUCUGCUAGAAAGGACCAUCAAGCAUAUGCUUUUCUUGCAAAGUGUAACAAAGCAUGCAGACAAGCUAAAACAAACGGGAGAGUCUAAGAUAAAAGAAAACUUUGAGGGAGGGGCAACAUGGGCAUUUGAGGUCGGGUCACAAUCUAUGAUUUGCCCUAUUGUUGUUGAGGAUCUGAAUCCACCUCGUCAGAUGCUUGUGGAGAUGCUUUGUGAAGAACGGGGUUUCUUUUUGGAGAUCGCUGACUUAAUCAGGGGAUUGGGAUUGACCAUCUUGAAGGGAGUCAUGGAAACUAGGAAUGACAAGAUCUGGGCACGUUUUGCAGUGGAGGCAAACAGGGACGUUACAAGAGUGGAGAUAUUUAUGUCACUUGUUCGUCUUCUAGAGCAAGCUGUUAAGGGCAGUGCAUCAUCGGCCAAUGCUUUUGAUAGCAACAAUAUGAUGGUUCAGCACUCUUUUCCCCAAGCUGCCUCUAUACCUGCAACUGGCAGGGCUAGUAGUUUACAAUGAACCACCUUGCUGCCUGGUUUCCUGGUUUAGAUAUGUUAAGAGCGAGCCCUAGCUUGCUUGCCAUGACUAACAUACAGUCUGUGGACUUUGGUGGUUCUGACCUUGACUAACGUUCCCACAUGACUGACCUUGUUUUGGAGGGGUAUUUGUUUAGGUAGUGAAAGCUUGUCAAAAUCUUUCAAAUGGCCUGUUUUGAACAUCUGAGGUUCCUAUUAUGUACCUUCAGAAGAAACAGAAAAAGAAUUUCAGUCUCAAGGGACGGUUCAGGAAAAAGAAAAGGCUCCUUAGAUAUUUGGACUUUGUUGAAUUCUACUUGAUGGAUAAUCCUGUAGGCGUAAGGGUGGGUAGUACAAUAGUUCAGGUGUUUAUGGCACUCAAAUGUAUAGAGGACUGGGGUAUGGAUUAUGAGAUGAAGUGGGGGAGGAGUUUUGCUACCAGGAAAGGGAUUGCAUUUUAUUUUCAUUUUUCUUUUUUUUUUUUCUCAACCCCGGCCCUGGAUAUUUUCUUGGGUUAGGAAUGUUCUAUAUUUUGUGGCAGUACUGGAAUGUUUUCUUUCUGCUAAUAUAUGCAUUUCUGAUUGAUCUGUAUGCUUUAA